GUGGGUUCCUUGCAGCCAACGCAUUUAGGUUUGGUUUUAGGUUCGGAGUAUUAGUCUUCGUGAAGAUAAGAACGCCACCUCCUUCUUUGUUCCCUUCACACUCUCUCUCUCUCUUUCUCCGGCCUCAGAUUCACCCUCCUCUGCUUCUCUCUGUUUAAACUUUCUUCACAUUUCUUUUAUAUUUAUUCAAACGCACACACUCUCUCUCACUCUUUGUAACAAAAACUAAAGCGAAUAAUCAAUCAUAUACUACUCUAGUCUGUUCAAGCUGGCGAUUGAAAAUCAGGAGACUGCUGUCCGUGAAAUCAAGCCCAAGAAUCGAAGAAUCAUGGGUCCGGAUGAGGAUGACAAUAGGUGGCCUCCAUGGCUUACGCCAUUGUUAAGAGAGAGCUUCUUUGUUCAAUGCAAGUUACAUGCUGAUUCUCACAAGAGUGAAUGUAAUAUGUAUUGUUUGGAUUGUAUGAAUGGCGCUUUUUGCUCUCUCUGCUUGACUUAUCACAAAGAUCAUCGUGUUAUUCAGAUAAGGAGAUCUUCAUACCAUGAUGUGAUAAGGGUUUCAGAAAUUCAGAAAGUUCUCGACAUUUCAGGGGUUCAAACUUAUGUUAUAAACAGUGCACGGGUUGUCUUCUUGAAUGAGAGGCCUCAGCCUAGGCCUGGCAAAGGUGUCACUAACACCUGUGAGGUCUGUGAACGUAGCCUUCUCGAUUCCUUCCGCUUCUGCUCUCUUGGCUGCAAGGUUGCUGGAACAUCAAAGAAUUUCCAGAAGAGAAAGAAACGACGCUCAAUGGGGUCGGAUUCUGAGGACUCAUACAGCAGCAGCAGCCAUGGCAAACUCAAGAACAGUAGCAGCAACUACAACAACAAACUUCAAAGCUUCUCCCCAUCAACGCCGCCUCCAACUGCAGUUAGCUUCCGGACAGUUAAGCGAAGAAAGGGAAUUCCACACCGAUCCCCAAUGGGGGGAUUACUCAUAGAAUACUAGUGAUUAUUUAUUAGUCCCUCAGUUAUACACAGUUGUAUCAGCAAUGCACCUUCUAAUGCCUAGCUUCCUAGUAUUUUCAUGUAUAUAGAAGCAGCAAAUAGAAGUAAGUUUGGAAAACAGGAGGGGGGGGAUGAAAAAUAAGACAAAGUACGAAGGGGUGGAUAGUAAUAAGUGAGGGCUUGUCUUAAAAGAUAUAAAAUAGGGUGUUUUAUACUAAGUUUUGGCAAUAGUUGUGGGUUGAAAUGUAAAAAUAGGGUUUUCUGUGCAACUUAGUAAAGAAAAAUAAUGAAUGCGUCUGUAUAUGGAAAUGAAAUAAAGACAAUUGUAUCUUUGUUAGUA